CUUGUCGCUGCUAGGGUUUUCCUCUCGCGCCGCCGGAACAACGACCGAGCCGAGACGAACGGACCUCGGAGGAGAGGAGAGGAAAUGGCGGACAAGAAGGGAGGAGCGGCGAGGAAGGAAGAGGUGGUCACCAGGGAGUACACCAUCAACCUCCACAAGCGCCUCCACGGCUGUACAUUCAAGAAGAAGGCACCCAAUGCCAUCAAAGAGAUCAGGAAGUUUGCGCAGAAGGCUAUGGGCACCACUGAUGUCAGGAUUGACGUGAAGCUCAACAAGCACAUCUGGAGCAGUGGAAUCAGAAGCGUGCCACGGAGGGUUCGAGUGAGGAUUGCCCGCAAGAGGAACGACGAGGAGGAUGCCAAGGAAGAACUUUACUCACUUGUCACCGUCGCUGAGAUCCCUCCUGAGGGCUUGAAAGGGCUGGGGACCAAGGUCGUCGACGAAGCAGAUUAAGCACUCACAUCCUCUACGUCUUUAGAGCGAGUUUUUAGUUUGUAUUGGCAACAUCAAACUUUUUGUGUCCCAAAGAAGUUUUGAACUCUGGUACUUCGAUACAUCACCAAGUUGUCUCGUUCCUUAAUCAAGUUCCAUGGUUAGUUCUCUGUUCA